AUGAUACGAAGUAUUCGUCCAUAUUCUUCAGGAUCCCAAUUUAGGGAAUUAUUUAAAUCGUCAAUGUCUCGAAUAAGCUCGCAGGCCAUGAUCUUGACAGCUGGAUUUGAUGCUUCCACAAGAAAUCAAACGUCAUUGCAUGGAAUGACAUUGUCAUCAGUUUGUUCUUUAUCAAUAAGUCCUAUACCUUUAUUACAAUUUAAUCUUCAUUUACCGUCUUAUACUUCACAAUCAUUGCAUGAGAACAAAGGUAUACUAGCCAUUCAUUUGUUACCACCAACACCCAAAGCUGUAAGACUAGGAAGAAUUUUUGCCAGUGGGGUGAAACGAGAAACUAAAAAGUUAAACUAUACAUAUUUAGAUACGUCAGAGCAAGAAUUAGAGGAUGGUGAUGUUUUUCAUGAAAUGACUACACCGUUCAACAAUAUUUCAAAUGAUGACUGGCAAGAAUAUAAAUUUACGGACGAAUUGAGUAUACCCAUAAUUAACGAAGCAGAACGGGUAUUUAUAUGCCAAAAGCGACAGGUUUUUGAAGUAGAUUCACAUGAAAUUUGGGCGAUCGAAGUGUUGAAUGUAAUCAGUCCUAAUAGUCAGUAUAAUAUUGCAAAUAAUGAUGAAAAGACAGGAGGAUUGCUUUACUACGAUCGAAGUUUUCAUAGAAUUGGGGAUGCGUUGGGUGAAAACGAAACACGAUAG